CGGGGGGGCGGGGAGUCCAGCUAUGAAACAAACACUGUGCUGCUGCUUCGUCUUAUGACUCCAACACUGACACAUUUCUCAGAAGGAUGGAUGCAGCUGAUGAAAUGGAUGAAGAUGAACUUCUGGACUAUGAUGUUCAGAUGAGCAUACAGGAGUCAUGUCAGAGAGGAUCAAGGAGUGAAGCUGUGAAGCUUGUGGAGGCCAUUAAACAAGGUGACAUGUUGGCACUGCAGGAGCUCUGUGAUUUCCCAGAAGCCUUCAGUCAGGUGGAUGAGUGUGGCUGGUAUCCUCUGCACAGGGCAGCAGUCCAACCACUGGUGCUGGUCCUGGAGACGGUGCUGUACGCGUCUUUCAGUCUGACUCUGGAGGAAAAGACCUCGGACGGUGAGACCUUCCUGACUUUAGCAGUGGGAGCUGGUUGGGCGAAAAACGUGAAGAUGCUACUGGAUCACGGAGCUUCUCCUCACACUACCAACAGCAAGAACGAAUCCCCUCUGCUUUUAGCAGUCAGAGCCGGAUCUUAUGAAAUGGUUUCCGUUCUAAUAGCUGGAGGAGCUCGGGUGGAGCAGGUGUGUCAGAAGAAGUGGACAGCCAUGCAUGAGGCCUCCAGGGCCGGCUGUGUUCAUGUUGUGGAGCUCCUGUUGCAGAACGGAGGUCAGGUUUCAGAGACUGACCAGCAUGGAGUGACUCCUCUGGGCAUUGCUGCGGAAUACAGCCACCCUGAUGUCCUGGAGCUUCUCAUCCAACACGGUGCUGAUGUAAACGCCCAGGCACCAAAUGGCGACAGCGUCCUGUACGAUGCAGCAGGUUCGGGGAAUCCAGACUGUAUCGACAUCCUGCUGCAGCACGGAGCCAACCCCAACAUCCGCAACCUAAGCUCCCAGCUGCCCAUCCACCACGCCGCAUACGAAGGACACUACCUGGCUUUGAGGAUUUUGAUCCCGAUCACCACUAGACGGGCCCUGCGGCUGUCUGGUCACAGCCCGGUCCACUCUGCUGCUGACGGAGGCCAUGUCCACUGCCUGGAGCUCUUGCUGCAGAAAGGUUUUGACGUCAACGCGCUGUUAGCUCAUCACAUCUCGGAAAAUUAUGGGGACAUGAGGAGAAGCCCUCUGUACUUUGCUGUCUCCAACGGGGACGCAACCUGUACUGAGAUUCUGCUGAAGUGGGGAGCCAAACCAGACCUGGACCCGCUUUGCUGCCUCCUAGUGGCGGUCAGGUCUGGCCGCUACGAGAUCGUGAAGCAGCUGCUGGCAGCCAAGGCAGACGUGAACUGUUACUUCACGGCGGUGAACGACACAGUGUUUCCUACGGCGCUGCAGUACUGCCUGAAGGACGAGGUGAUGAUGAGGCUGCUGCUCAACAAUGGCUAUAAUGCUGAGAUGUGUUUCUGUUGUAACCACGACGACGACUGGGAGGACCUGAGUGAGUCUGAUUACUUGGAGCAUCAGGAGGAAAAAGUUGCUUUUUGUGAUUUCGUCAGCGUCUCCUCGCUGGCGAACCUGGUGGGCAGAGUCGUGUCGAUCCUCCUCAACUAUGUCGGCCCGGUUUCUCUCUGUGGCAAACUGACAAAGAUCCUGGAGAAACACAAGGAAUGGCCUCACAUUCACGGGACCACAAGUAACCCUCGCUCCCUGUGUCAUCUGAGCAGAGUGGUCAUCAGAAAACACCUAAGCUGCAGUGGUCUGAUGUCUGUCCAGCUGCCCAACAGACUAAAGGACUACCUGUUGUUCAAAGAGAACGACCUGUACGCCAAAAUCAUCUGCAAGGAGGACUGAGAGGACGAUGAUUUCUAUCUUAUCUACUGAGUCUCAAACGACAGUAAUGACUUUGUGUUUGUCUGUUUUUUUCCUUUUGUGGGUAAUGUAACUAGGCCUGUAUUUGUCAAACAUCUAAGAAUUACACUUAAGAAUGCCCUAAAGAGACAACAUUGGAGUUGUCUCUUUAACAGGAGACUGAGCAAUAAUUUUACAUUUGAGUGUAAAAAUAACCUUUAAGAGCAACUUUAAAGCAAUCACAUGGUCGAUCACAUGUGUGCUCUGAGCAGUUACAGCCAAACAGAGACAAGUGGCGUGUCCUAUAUGACAGACUCAGUCUAAGCUGGAUUUUAGUGUGUUCACACUGGAAAAGGAACACAUUUAAGCAUUCUCAAACCAAACAUAAUGCAAACUAAAUAUAGUGGAUUUUUGAGAAUGCUGUUAAUGGACACCAUUCUCCUACGAUGCAUUGCACAAAGCAAAUGGAGGAUCUGCUGACAGCAGAAAAAAAGUAAAAACUUGUGGUUGAUGAUAAAACAGCUUGUGGAGAGUCAGUGUUAGCAUAACUGUUCUUAGCACCCCUGAUACAUGCAAAAAACAAACAAAACAAGUUGUUUAACAUCCCAAAAAUCUUUGAAUCAAAUCAAUGAAUUAAUGGACUACCCUAUUCUGAAUUAUUCAUAUUACCUCAGGUCAUGUAUUAUUCUCUGUGACCAAUGAUAUUUUAUACAUUCAAGCUUGAACUUUUCUCAGACUGCAGCCAACCAACUUCAGACACAUCUGUUGCUCUCUCAAAUUUAAGAUUUUUAUUCUUAAAGGACGAGUGUGGGUGAGGAUUUAGUGGCAUCUUUCAUCUUUUCAGAAGUUUCAGACUGCAACUAACUGAACACUGCUCAUGUAUGUAUUUGAUAACCUGGCAAAGAGAAUGGGCUGUGAAGUGUGUAGGAGAAACUAUGGUGGCUGUGAAACUCGCGAAAAAUGUAAAAGGCCCUAUCUACAGCCAGUGUUUGGUUUGUCCCUCCUGGACUACUGUAGAAACAUGGCAGUUCAACAUAGCGAACAUAACUCCAUGGAAAGCAACCCAUGGCUCAUUCUAAGGUAAUUAAAACACAAUGAUAUAUUCAGGUAAUUAUACACUAAUGAAAACAUACCUAUGAAUAUAAGAUUACAUUUCUGCCAACAGAUCCUCCUAAAUGUUACACACUGGACUUUUAGGUUUGCGAGCAGUAGUAAAAGAUUUGUAGUUAAAGCUUCUUUUAAAUUUAUAAGUUUGAUGAAUACAGGCCCAGAUCUGUAACUGUAACUGUGACUGUAAAUUAUUUUUUUUAACCCUGUGUCAAAGGGGCAUUAAUUAAGAUUUUUUUUGUCCUGGCUGUUGCACAAAAUAACCAUAAAAUAUCUGCAGUUAGUUACUAAUCAAUCAUUCAUCACUGAGUGAUGCACUCUAGUAUCCUGGUUAUGAACAGGUUUUUAGAGUAUCCUAGUUAGAUUUUGUGCAUUUAAACAGCUUAUUCUGGUUUCAGAAAUCUGGAUACUGUGGCAUGCAAACACCAGGUUUCUGAACAUUCUCUGUUGGUACAGAUAGUGAGACAUCAAAACACAGCUGCAGGCAGACAAUCAGAAACCUGGAUACUUUUAUGACCAUGUUUACAGGGAUAAAAAUAACCAACGCCAUAUCCCCAAUAUGAUCAAAAACAGCAUGAGACUCAAAACCAGGAUGCUUGCAUGCAUGUGAACACAAUGACUGUGUCAGAUGACUCAGAUUCCUGGGACUCAAGUGUUGGAGGAAGGAGCCUCUUAGCUGUAACUUUGUGAAAAUAUAACACACCAGGUGAUGUUUAGACUGUAAGCAGGUUGGGCUCUUACAUACUGUAAAUGAUCAAAUAAAAACCAUCAUGUAAAUCAUGUUCAAGGAUAGAGGUAAAACUUGCUUUGUGCACAGAGGUUUCACAUUAAAAGCCUUCCAGUGGCUCAAAGGGCAUACUUCCUACUGUCCCUGGUAGACCUUUAAAAGAGUGCUCCAUUGAUUUAGCAUUACACUCCUAUAAAAUUGUCGUACUCACAAUGGACAAUAAAAAAAAACUAAAAAUGAGUGCUUAAUGUAGCCUUGGUCACCAGCCUGAAGCAGAGAAGGGGCAGCCACAGAGAUCUGGUUAGCUAACUUCUUUCUGGCUUCACACACUCAAGUUUGUUCAAUUUUAAACUUUAAACUGAUGCUGACUCAAAUAACAUCACUUGAAUUUUUCACAUAUGCAGUAAUACUCCCCAAGAGCUGUAGGCCUACUCAGACUAUGAUGUGUAGAAUUGUUGAAUUUCAUUACCAAUGACUGAAAAAUGAGAGAAGGGAUGAAUUAGAGAAUGAAAAUACAAAGUGUUAAACAGAGAAAGUGUUUUUAGCAGAGUGGGGAGAAUGAAAUGACUCUGUUGUAAUGAUGGAAUUAGUACUUAGUAAAUGUACAAUAUACCAAAUUUAUUGAGAUAAGUUUUAUGUUUGUAUCUAAUUAGAAAUAAAGACCCGUUUCUAAUAAGCCUGUUUCAAAUAAAGGCCCGGUUCUCCUGCAGUGGAGGUAAAUAAAGUCCUGGCUACUAUUUGAGAAUGAUCAGUAUUGAGUAAUAAGUUUCUACUGCCACAUAUCUAUAAGUUGGAAAUACAUUUGUACUGUAAUUUAUUAAACUUUUAUGUUAUUAUGAUUAUGA